AUGCCCACUUUGAUUUUAUUCUUCUUGACUCUUAAUUUUUCUUUGCUCCUAUGCAAUUUAGUUAUGCCAGACUGUUUCACCUCUUUGGGAGACAAUGUAUACCAGGAUGGAGACGUGGUGAUAAGUGUGUUCCUACCUCUUUAUACCUAUCAAACCUCCCCACACAUUAAAGGGUCAGAGAACACAGAAAUUUUUCCAAGGAUUAGUCUCAACAGCUACCAAUUCGUGGUUGCUCUAAAAUUUGCUAUUGAGGAGAUCAACAGGAAUGCCCUUCUUUUACCUAACAUGUCUCUGGGAUAUGGCAUUUACACUGCUGGGCCAACUCAAGAAGAAACAGUGUACAAUUUGUUUAUUUGGCUCUCAGGGCAGAAGAAAAUCUUCCCAAACUACAGCUGCAGAAGAGAGGAAAAAUCUGUGGCCGCAAUCACAGGAACAACGUUUGAAAUUUCUUCCCUAAUUGGCACAUUUCUGGAACUUUAUAAAUAUCCACAGCUGACCAUUGGACCUUUUGAAAUAAAUAUGAAUGACUCUGAGAAGUUUUCCUCUCUGUAUCAGAUGGCCUCCAAGGAGUCUUCUCUGGCCUUAGGCAUGGUCACAUUGAUUGUCCAUUUCAGAUGGAAUUGGGUGGGGCUGGUCAUUUCAGAUGAUGAGAAAAGUGUUCACUUUGUCUCAGACUUGAUACCAGAGAUGGAAAAAAAGAGAGUCUGUUUAGCCUUCAUGCAAAUGAUCCCAGCAAAUCAGAUGUUCCAAAUGCAAAAUGAUGAUGUCUACAAUAGCCCAAUUGUGAGCAACUCAGUAAAAGUUAUUAUCAUUUAUGGUACCACUGACUCUACUUUAGGUGUGCUCUUUAGAAGAUGGGAGCAUAUACUUCCAUGGAAAAUCUGGGUUACCACAUCAGAAUGGGAAGUCAUUACUUCCAUGCGACAUUUCAUUCUUGACUCAUUUCAUGGAACUCUCAUCUUUUCACAACAUCAUGGUGAGAUUUCUCCUUUUAAAGAAUUUGUAAAGACAGUAACCCCUUCCAAAUACCCAGAAGACAUUUUCCUGGCAAGACUGUGGGAGAAUUAUUCUAAUUGCUCAAUAUCUAAGGUUUCCUGUAAAUCAUUAAAAAAUUGUUCAUCUAGAGGUUUCUUGGAAUGGUUACCUUGGUACCAAUUUGACAUGACAAUGAGUCAAGGGAGUUACCAUAUAUACAAUGCUGUGUAUGCUGUGGCUCAUACCCUUCACAAGAUGGUUAUGCACAAAGUAGACAAGCAAAGAGUUAAAAAUGGAGGAAGAAUGAAAUUUCCCCCAUGGCAGCUAAACCACAUCCUGAAGAACAUUCAAUUCACGAAUGCUGGUGGAGACUCAGUAACUUUGAAAUCUUCAGAAAAAAUGCAUACAGAUUAUGACAUUCUGAACUUCUGGAAUUUUCCACAAGGUCUUGGAUAUAAAGUAAAAGUAGGAACAUUUUCCUCAUAUUUGCCACCUGGGCAACAAUUGUCACUGUCAGAGGACAGGAUAGAAUGGAGCACAGGCAUUAGACAAACCCCCAUCUCUGUAUGCAGUAAAAGUUGUGGUCCUGGAUUCAGAAAAUCUCUACAGGAAGGCAAACCUUCCUGCUGUUUUAUUUGCAGCUUCUGCCCAGAAAAUGAAAUUUCCAACAGCACAGGCAAGUAUGUGGAUCAGUGUGUGAAGUGUCCAGAUGACCAGUAUCCCAACACAGAGCAAACCCACUGCCUCCAAAAAGAUGUGACAUUUCUGGCUUAUGAAAGUCCCUUGGGGAUGACAUUGGCUACUCUGGCUUUGUGGUUUUCUUCACUCACCACACUUGUUCUUGUGGUUUUUGUGAAGCACCGAAAGACUCCAGUUGUGAAGGCUAAUAACAGUACUCUCAGCUAUAUCCUGCUCAUCUCCCUCAAUUUCUGUUUCCUUUGCUCCUUGCUAUUCAUUGGUCAUCCAAACUCAGCCAGCUGCAUCCUGCAACAGACUGUAUUUGGAGUUGUUUUCACAGUGGCAGUAUCUACUAUCUUGGCCAAAACCACUACAGUGGUCUUGGCUUUCAAGUCUACAGCUCCAGGAAGAAGGAUGAGAAGGGCACUUAUAUCAGGAACACCCAAAUUUAUCAUUCCCAUUUGUACACUCAUACAAUUUAUCAUCUGUGGAGUCUGGCUGGGAACAUCUCCUCCCUUUGUUGAAACAGAUGCACACACUGAACAUGGUCAGAUCAUCAUUGUGUGCAAUAAGGGCUCAGUCACAGCCUUCUAUUGUGUCUUGGGAUACCUGGGGGCUCUGUCAGUUGGAAGCUUCACUGUAGCUUUUUUGGCCAGGAAUCUGCCUGACACCUUCAAUGAAGCCAAGUUCCUGACAUUCAGCAUGCUGGUGUUCUGCAGUGUUUGGAUCACUUUCCUCCCUGUCUACCACAGUACUAAGGGGAAGGUCAUGGUGGUUGUGGAGGUAUUCUCCAUCUUAGCAUCCAGUGCAGGGCUGCUAAGUUGUAUCUUUAUCCCCAAGUGUUAUAUUAUUCUUAUGAGACCUCAUAAGAACUCAUUGAAAGCCAUAAGAAAUAGAGAUAGAUGGAAAUAA